AUGCCACCCAGAGGUGACCCUGAGAUCCAACUGGCCAAGCUGACCCUGGAUCCUACACACCAGCCAGAGCUGACUCUGAGCCCCAGGCUAGAUGAGCUGACCCUGGGUUCCGCAUGCCAUCCAGAGCUGACCCUGGAUCCUGCACGCCAGCCAGAGGAGACCCCAGUCCCCAACCUGGCUGAGCUGACCAUGGAGCCUGUGCACUGCCGACCUGAGCUCCUGGAUGCCUGUGCUGACCUCAUCAACGAGCAGUGGCCCCGCAGCCGUGCCUCCCGCCUGCACUCCUUGGGCCAGUCCUCAGAUGCCUUCCCCCUCUGCUUGAUGCUGCUGAGCCCCCAUCCCAUGCCGGGGGCACCCCCCAUUGUGGUGGGCCAUGCUCGCCUCUCACGCGUGCUGGACCGGCCCCAGAGCCUCCUAGUGGAGACAGUAGUGGUGGCCCGGGCCUUGAGGGGCCGUGGCUUUGGCCGCCGCCUCAUGGAGGGCCUCGAGGCCUUUGCUCAGGCCCGGGGCUUCCACCGGCUACACCUCACCACCCAUGACCAGCUGCACUUUUAUGCCCAUCUGGGCUACCAUCUGGGUGAGCCUGUGCAGGGCCUGGUCUUCACCAGUCGGCGGCUGCCUGCCACCCUGCUCAGUGCCUUCCCUAAGGCCCCCUUUCCCCAGCCACCCAGCAAGGCUCCUAGCCUGACUGCCCAGUCUGCCCCAAGAGCCCCCAGGGGGCCAUUAGUGCCGCCCCCCCCUCCCCUGCCUGAGCCUGUGACCACCUUACCCCCACCUCCAGCAGGGCCCCUUCCACAAAGCCUGCUGAAGACACAAUACCAAGACCUGAGAGGAUACCCCAUAUUCUGGAUGGAGAAAGACAUCUGA